AAAUUACCCCAGUUGGUGGUGGGAGCAUCAGCAGAGAAAAAAGGGCAAAAAAAAAAAAAAAUAAGUUGCCACCAUUUCUCAAUGCUGGGGAAAGCUGCCAACCUCCUCCUCCUCCUCCGUGGGCUUUCUAAAUCGCCUGAGAUUGAUCAGCAAUUCCCCAUAUACAAAAGUGCUCUCCUCCACUUUCCCCUAAUUUCGCUGCCUUUAAUUCCCUCCCGAAAGAAGUAAAAUGAAAAUUGCUUAUUAACUUUUUAAUUACCAUCUAUAAUCAUAAUCAAAUCGCACGCUUCUUUUUAAUGCUCUCUCUUCCCCUUCCGGAUAUGGGUUUCCAACCGAGUUCAGGACUCUUCACCAAUAUCAGAAGUUCAGAUGCCAAACCCAACAGUGAAGAUUGUGGGACUGCCAUCAUUGUGAAAGCAUAUCCACUUGGUAUGGUUCAAGUCAACAACAGGGUCGAUGAAGGGAAUUCAAGACUUGAACCUUGCAUGGGUUUAGAUUUUGAUUCAGCAGAUGCUGCACGUGAAUUCUAUGGUGCAUAUGCAACGAGAGUAGGAUUCAGAAUUAGGACCGGCCAGCUUUAUCGAUCACGAACUGAUGGUUCAGUUUCUUCAAGAAGGUUUGUGUGCUCAAAGGAGGGUUUUCAGCUUAACUCAAGGACAGGUUGUCCAGCAUUCAUAAGAGUGCAAAGACGUGAUUCUGGAACAUGGAUGAUUGAUCAAAUCCAUAAGGAUCACAAUCAUGAACUUGGACUUGCAGAUGAAAGUCAUCCACCUAUUUUGCAGAAGAGAACUCCUAAAGCUAUGAAAUCAUCAGCUGAAGUGUCACAAACUCCAAAGCUCAAACUGACUGAGGUGUCUCAAAGGCCAAAAUUCAAACUGAUUGAGGAUGUUGAUAAUGGGCACCCGUGCCCAUCUGGUGUCAUUAAUGUCAAACGAUUUAAAAGGGGAGGGGAUGAAGGUCAAUUCGAAGCUGAACCUUAUGCUGGUCUAGUAUUCAAUUCAGUUGAUGAAGCAUACCAAUUUUACCAAAUAUAUGCAGAUGGUGCUGGAUUUAGAAUUCGGAUUGGUCAGUUAUUUCGUUCAAAGAAUGAUGGUUCUAUUACAUCCCGGCGAUUUGUGUGCUCCAAGGAAGGGUUUCAGCACCCUUCAAGAGUAGGCUGUGGGGCAUUUAUGAGGAUUAAGAGGCAGGAAUCUGGAACUUGGAUAGUGGACCGUCUUCAAAAGGAUCAUAAUCACAAUCUUGAUCUGCAAACAGGAACUCAUCAGAAAAGUUAUAAUGUUUCAAAGAAAUUCAUGGACAAUGUAAAUGGCGAUGAAAAUGGUGGACUGGACUCUUUAGACGUAGCUAAAGUAACAUAUGGAAGUCCUAUCAGGAGAGCUAGAGAAAAUAACAUUGCAAGUGAUUGGUACCAAUUGCUUCUGGAUUAUUUUCAAACUAGACAAGCAGAAGAUACUGGAUUCUUUUAUUCAGUGGAGACUGAUAAUGGCAGUUGCAUGUCUCUCUUCUGGGCAGAUGGCAGGUCUAGAUUCUCAUGCAGCCAGUUUGGUGAUGCCAUUGUGUUUGAUACCUCAUUCAGGAAGAGUAAUUAUCUAGUGCCAUUUGCAAGCUUUGUUGGAGUUAACCACCACAAGCAGCCAGUUCUUCUUGCUUGUGCUCUAAUUGCUAAUAUAUCGGAGGAGUCCUUCACUUGGUUGUUUCAGACAUGGCUUAGGGCCAUGUCUGGGUGUCGACCUAAGUGUAUUAUAGCUGAUCAAGAUGUAGCCAUCCAACAAGCAAUUAUGAAAGUCUUUCCUAGGACUCAUCAUCGGUUUUCAAUGUGGCAAAUUAGAGCAAUGGAACAAGAGAAUUUAAGGUCAAUGACUGAAGAAUUCAAGUGUGAAUACGAGAAAUGUAUCUAUCAGAGCCAAACGUCUGUUGAGUUUAAUACCACGUGGAGUGCACUCAUUAACAGAUAUGCACUGAAGGAGAAUGCUUGGCUUAGAGAAAUGUCUGAAAAGCGUGAGAGCUGGGUGCCGCUGUUCCUGAGGGGUAAAUUUUGUGCUGGCAUCCCCAUAAAUGAAAGUUUGGAACCAUUCUUUGGUACAUUAUUAAAUGCUCAAACACCAAUUGAAGAGUUUAUUUCACGAUUUGAGCGAGGCCUUGCACGACGUCAUGAUGAGGAAAGAAAAGAAGACUUUAACAGUUAUAAUUUGCAGGCUUUUCUGCAUACAAAAGAACCAGUAGAAGAACAAUGUAGAAGGCUUUAUACACUCACUGUGUUCAAAAUAUUUCAAAAUGAACUGCUACAAUGCUAUAAUUAUCUAGGGAUAAAGACAUAUGAAGAAGGGACCAUUAGCAGAUAUUCAGUGCGGAGGUGUGGGAAUGAGAUUGAGAAACAUGCUGUUACUUUCAGUGCAUCCAAUAUCACUGCAUGUUGUAGUUGUCAAAUGUUUGAAUUUGAAGGUAUUUUGUGUAGACAUAUUUUGAGAGUCUUCAACCUACUGGAUAUAAGGGAAAUUCCACCUUGCUAUAUCUUACAUCGGUGGACAAAGAAUGCUGAAUAUGGGACCGUUCGUGAUAUUGAAUCUGGUGUUAGCCCACAGGAACUCAAGUCCUUAAUCAUGUGGAGUUUGAGAGAAACAGCCUGUAAAUUCAUAGAGGCUGGGACAACCUCUCUUGAAAAAUACAAAAUGGCCUAUGAGAUUAUGCGAGAAGGUGGAAUAAAACUUCACUGGCAAAGGUAAGCAUUGGAGACAAAGGUCAGAUGUCAACCUAGGGCUAAAUUUUGCAGUUUAAGCUUGUUUUGUAGAUGUAUGAUAUACAUUUUUUUUGUUUUAUUUUUUGCUGUCGUGACCAAAGACUGAUGACUUGGAAAUGCAUAGUGAAAUAUUUCCUUUCUGUGCA